GCUUUUUUAAGUGGAUUUAGCUAGCUAUUUACUUGCAAAGAAAGUUAUGUCUGUCGCUUUGAUGAUUUUGAAGAUUAAAAAAUAAAUCUUUUUGUCUAAAUAAAAUUAAUUAUUAUUUUAUUAAUUAAAUAGCUGUGAUUAUAAAAAUAAGCGAUUAAUAGAAAAAUAAAUAAAUAAGUAAGUAAAUAUUAAAAGGAAAGAAAUGAGCGUUAUAGAUUCUGAAAGAGAUUUAUUAGAAGUUAGGGCUGAACUCAAAAAAUUUAAGAGAAUAGAACCAAAGAGGAUUUUAAGCAUUUUGAAAUCAAUCAAGGAAUGCGAAUCUAUAAAUAAGGAAUGGAUUAGAAAAACUAGAAUUACAAAAACAUUAGUCAGAAUUUCAUAAUUUAAGUACCCAAAUUAAGAUGAACCUAGAAUCUUGGUUGGAAAAUUAGCAAGAAAUUUACUUAUAAAGUUCAGAGCUUUCUUCCCAAAGCUUAAAUCUAUUUCUUAAGAUCAAAAUGCUGCUGCAUCAGCUCCUACUGCUGCUAGCACUAACGCAGAAAACUCUUCUGUAUCAAAUGCUUAACCAUAAUAAUAAAAAGCUGUAAAAGCUAAUGUUCCUGUUUAAUAGAAAACAUAAAGCACUGAACAAGCUAAACCAGAUACUACUGCUUAAAACAAUAAUUUGCCUGCUUAUAAAAAUGAUAGAAGAAAUCAAGGAUUGUAAGGUAUUCUUAAAUAUUUCUAAAAAGGAUUUGAAGAAUCUAAAAUGAAUGAAACAACUAAGAUUUGUGUAGAAAUUGAGAAAUUCUUCUAUUCUAGAAACACAACUGGCGAUUCUUUCAAUGAAAACAGCUACAAGGAAGAUGUUAAAAAGUUAUGCAAGCAAUUUAUUGAUAAAGAAAACUCAUAGAAAUUUAAAAAUAGCAUAUAUGACGAAUUCCAAAUUAAAAAAGUAGGUUCUUUAGAUUGCAUAAUAGAAAUUCUUAAAUGAAAAAUAAAAUUAUGUUUUUCCUGCAUUUGCUUAUUUAUUUGCUAAUUCAAUAGCUUUAAAUUGAAAAUUAUUUAGUUAGACUAUGAGUAAUAAUAAUAGAAUUAUAACAAAUACUAUAGUAAUAAUAAUACAUCUAGUGUGUUUCUUUUUUAUAUACUUCAAAUUUGUAAUCAAUUUAUAUGAAAUCACCAGCAUUAUUUAUUAUCUUAUUAAUAAAAAUGUUUGUAAGAAUGAAAAUGAAUGAGUUAGUUAGUUAGUUAUCAUAUGCUAAAGUGUUGAAAAUUCAAUAAUUUUAUUUAAAAUGUAUUAUUUUUUUAUUAUAUUUAUUAUUAGCAAGAUCUCUUAUGCUACUACCAACUAUAAACUAUUUAUUUUAUUUGUAG